AGAAGCCUCCCUCCCUCCCUCUUUGCCCGGUACAACGACGGUUAAAUCUGAUCAAAUGUUUAAUAAUAAUCGCGUUUGGAGAGAAUAAAUCGGUUUAUCUUUAAAUCCUGAGAGAAACACAAAAACAUGAUGACCACAAGAGACUCCAGUAGCCAUCAAAAGACUUCCAGUACACCUGAUACGAACACCAGUUCAACACCAAAGAAGAAAAAUCUUCACACUUGCUCAGAAUGUAGAAAGAGUUUUGCCUCCCAGAGUAAACUCCAAAUCCACCAGCGCAUUCACACAGGAGAGAAGCCGUAUCAGUGCUCGCAGUGUGGGAAGAGGUUUAAUUGCAAGAGUCCUCUCCGAAGACACUACCGUAUUCACACAGGAGAGAAGCCAUUUCAGUGCUCGCAGUGUGGGAAGAGUUUUAAUUGCAAGACGACUCUCCGAAGACACCAGCACAUUCACACAGGAGAGAAGCCGUUUCAUUGCUCGCAUUGUGAGAAGAGUUUUACUCGACUGAGUAUUUUACACGAACACCAACGAAUUCACACAGGAGAGAAACCAUUUAUGUGUUUACAGUGUGGGAGAAGUUUUACUCAGCGGGGCAAUCUCAGAACACAUCAACGGCUUCACACAGGAGAGAAGCCGUAUCACUGCUCACAGUGUGGGGAGAGAUUUAAACACAAGACAACUCUUCAGGAACACCAGACUGUUCACUCAGGAGAGAAGCUGUAUUACUGCUCACAGUGUGGGAAGAGUUUUAAUCGUGAGAGUCAUUUUCAAAUACACCAGAACAUUCAUACUGGACAGAAGCCGUAUCGGUGUUCGCAAUGUGGAAAGAGCUUUGCUAGACCGACUACUCUCCGAAAUCACAAGCGCAUUCACACAGGACAGAAGCCCUAUCACUGCAACAUUUGUGGGAAGAGUUUUAGUUCCCAGAGUAAACUACAAAUCCACCAGCGCAUUCACACAGGAGAGAAGCCGUAUCACUGUUCACAGUGUGGGAAGAGCUUUGCUCACCGAACUGCUUUCCGAAACCACCAGCGCAUUCACAUCAGACAGAAGCCAUAUCAGUGUUUACAGUGUGGAAAGAGCUUUGCUUUACUGGAUACUCUCCAAAGACAUGAGCGCAUUCACACAGGAGAGAAGCCGUAUCAUUGCUCAGCUUGUGGAAAGAGUUUCAGUCAAAUAGGUAAUCUCCGAACACACCAGCGUGUUCACACUGGGCAGAAACCGUAUCACUGUUUACAGUGUGGAAAGAGCUUUGCUCUAUUGGGUACCCUCCAAAGACACGAACGCAUUCACACAGGAGAGAAGCCCUAUUACUGUUCAGAUUGUGGAAGGAGUUUCAGUCAAUUAGGUAAUCUCAGAAACCACCAGCACACACAUGCUGAACAGAAGCCGCAUCACUGUUUACAGUGUGGAAAGAGCUUUGCCCUGUUGGAUGCUCUCCGAAGGCAUGAGCGCAUUCACACAGGUGAUAAGCCGCAUCAAUGCUCAGAUUGUGGAAAGAGUUUCAAUAAAACAAGUGCUCUUCGAAGACACCAGCGCAUUCACACGGGGGAGAAGCCGUAUCAGUGUUCAGAUUGUGGAAAGCGUUUCAAUCAAAUGGGUAAUCUCCGAACACACCAGCACACUCACACUGGAGAGAAGCCGUAUCACUGCUCAGAUUGUGGAAAGAGUUUCAGUAAAACAAGUGCUUUCCGAAGACAUGAGCGCAUUCACACAGGACAGAAUAUGGAGUGAUAUCACUGUCUUUUAUAUGAGAGAGCAGAUACAAGGUUAAACCGAGCAAAACUGACUUGAGGAAAGUGAGCAAAAAUGGCAAUGAGAAGAGUGCAGAAAAAACACUGAAUCUUUGAAACGCAGCAUACCAGAGAUAAGUGUGCUUGCUUCUCAUAACCAAGUGCUUGACACAUUGUCUCCUGCACAUUUCUCAGUUUUCUGCUGACUUCUGAAAGUGCAGUAGUGUUUUUUUUUUUUUCUGGGCUUUCUUCAUUACUGUUUUUUGCUCAGUUUCUUUAAUUCUGAACGCUUGUAUUGUCUGUUUUGCUUGGUUUAACCUUGUAUCCGCACUCUCAUAUAAAAGACAGUGAUAUAACACCAUAAGAGAAGCUUCAUCACUGCUCCCAGUGUGGGAAGUGUUUCUCUGACUCCAGUAAUUUGAAACUAAAUGCAUACAAGAGAAACCAUUUAUUUGCUUGCAGUGUAGGAGAAGAUUUACCUUCCAGGGUCAUCUAAAACUGGUUCAUAGUUAUCUAUGGUUGGUUGAAGAGAGCAACUGGACUUGCUUGAAGAUUCUUGAAAACGUUUCGUCUCUCAUCCUAAAGGCUGUAUGAGAGGACUUCCAGAAAACUGGCAUCUUAGCCAGAGAGGAUCGUUCAUUUUUGUCAACCUGGAACGACCAUCACUGAACAGAGGUGGGUGUCUAUGACAUCUUUUAUCAGCCACCUACAAUGCAGCCAUCAGCAUUCUGAUUCGGAUUCUAUGAUGAUCCAUGAGAGGAUAAAUACUGGAUACUCCCUAUUAGUCAGACAGAACUGAGGAAGCCUUUAGGAUGAGAGGCGAAACGUUUUC